AUGCCUGGGAGUGGAUAUGAGGCUACGGAGAAAAUACUCACCCACAGUUUCAUAAGUCCUCUCCCCCUGAAUCAGUGGAAUAUUAUCAGAAAAUCCUUACACACUGAAACACGGCUGGCCCCAGCAGUUCCACCAGCCGAGACCGAGCUGAGAAGAAAGGGGAUCGUGGAGGGACUAGACCGGCUGAUCCCGCCCAGACUGAACACCACCACCAGCACCACACACAGCACAGCCAUCCCUAACCCCUGAGAGUCAAGCUGCAGAGGUGACCACCUGGGUGUCCUGAGGGAGGCGAGGGGCCACCCAGGACGCAGAAAGGUGGGCAGGGACUUCCUGAGGGCCCAAAUGUCGGCCCCUGCCCUCAAGGCCGGCGCCUCGAGAAAGGUGAUGGACUUCCACAACGGCCCCUACCUGGUCAGCUUCACCUUGUUCUGGGUGGGGUCCCUGUCUGUCCUGCUUGUCCACCCCAGCGAAGGGGUGUGGGCGCUCUGAAGGAUACGCAGGGUAGUCUUCAUGGGCUAGUUUGAGAAUGGCACCUCCCAGGUUUUCUCUAAAUGUGGUCUGACCCUCAAGUCAAACUUCGAUCUGUGUCAGUUCCUGCAUCUGCGAGACUAAGACGUCCCCUACUGCGUGAGGCCUCCCCACUUGCCCUGUGAAGCCCUGGCCCACAUGAACACCAGGAAUAGAAACAUUUUCUACCUUAGAAGGGAAGGACAGAGGCUUUUCCACAGGUCCAAUAUUGGGGUUGAAAUGUUGAAGAUGUUUACCUCUGUCAAGGUUUUAUCCUGUGACAUUCUAUAA